CUAAAACUUGCACUCGAUGCACUGAUCUAGAUUUCUGCUUUAGCUAUGUUUUGAUAAGAAAAACAUCGUAAAAGUUAUAAUUGCAUUUUAAACUUUGCAAGCGUUUUUUUUUUUCAAGGGUGUCGUGUUGCCUGCCUUUUAAAAAAGAAGGGAGGUUAGGGUUUUCUAUAGAGUAGCAGACGACAACUGCAUGUUACAAGCACAAGCUAAUGCAUUUGUUGAAGUCAUACUCGCUGUCCGAUUAGAUUGAAAGUAAUCUGAAACAAAAGCUUAUCCCUAUGAGAUGGCGAGUUCUCAUAGUAACACAGACGACACCCUAAAAUCCACCAUCCGUUCUUCUGACUCUGACGAGACCAUUCAGUUUAAACUUAUAAGACCCUGUGACAGAUAUGAGGAUGAAUACACAGAAUGUAAGUCUGCAAAGAGCCGUAGACAGCAAAUUUUUGUUCAUGGUCAAACUAUUGAUUGUGAAACAUGGGCCAAAGACUUAGCCAACUGUAAGAAAUGGACCUGGGCGGGAGAUGAAGAGGCUGCUAUGGCUGUGAUAGAUAGUGAAAGAAGAAGACUACGACAAAGGCUAAUACCUCAUAUGAAAAGUGAUGUUUGGAGUAAACGUAAUGGGCCACCCCCUGAUUGGAAUAACCCUUUACCAGAAUUUGAGGAGUUAAAUAAAAAUUCUUACCUUACCCGCGUGAAGGAAACUGGUGAGGAUCCAGUGGCUUCCUCCUCCGGAAGUUGUACAAUUCAAUAAGUAAACGUCACUAGAUGUGUCAGAUAGUAUAUAACUCUUUUUUCUUUCUUUUUUUUUUGUGGAAAAUGUUGCUAGUGUUUGAACGAAAUAAAAUAGAAAUUUGAGGAACAA